CCAGCGUAAUCGACCGGAGGACUCUGCCAGCCGACACGGGUCACCCGCAGAGGAUACGGAAAGAGGCGAGGAUGAGGAUGGCGGCGCCGGUGGCAAGGACUUUUGUCCCCUCUUUGCAUGCCAGUCUGGGGCCACAAUGAUCGUUCUGGGACCUGCCGGCUGCUCAGGGGUUCUCCCAGCGUGGACCUCGUCUCUGUAGAGCCCGGAGCUCAACCACAGAUGUCCAGCCACAAUUCUCGGUUGGCCGCAGACUCGUACAAGAAUUGCGUUUGGACAAUCAGUGGCGAAGCCCCUGAGUUCAGGGCCCCGGUCCCCCUCUGGGUUCUGCCUGGCUCCUUAAAAGCGCACACCAGAUCUCGGGAGCUGCGUAUCGGAAUACCUCGCAGAAGCUCGGCAAUCGCAGCCCGUCCCGCGGACCAUUGGCCUGGAAAGAGUCCAACAGGAAGCUGUGACCAAAGCCAGGGUAGAGAUCUGAGUCCAGUGUCCAGCCCCCGGGAGACUGUUCAUCAUCAGGGCCGGAGCCUGCGGAGGUGAUGCGAGGUCGCGGAAGUGGCCAGAUCAGCUGCACUCAGUCCUCUCCCCCAAGCUUGGGCUUGCUCUCCAACUCAUCGCGUCAUCUGCUGGGUGUGCCACAGAUCACAACAUGGACAACACCACAGGGAUGCUCCGGGAAUGGCUGGCUGCUGUGGGUCGGGACUAUGCGACUGUCGUCUGGAAGCCUGAGGAGGAGGCCAGGUCCUACCCAGAUGAACAGGGUCCCAAGCACUGGACCAAAGAACGGCAUCAGUUUUUGAUGGAGCUGAGGCAGGAAGCACUGGCCUUUGCCAGGGACUGGGGAGCUGACUACAUCCUGUUCGCAGAUACAGACAACAUUCUUACUAACAACCAGACACUGAAGCUUCUCAUAGAUCGGCAGCUGCCGGUGGUGGCCCCGAUGCUGGACUCUCAGACCUAUUAUUCCAACUUUUGGUGUGGGAUCACUCCACAGGGCUACUAUCGCCGCACGGCUGAAUACUUCCCUACUAAGAACCGCCAGCGCCAGGGCUGCUUCCGGGUCCCUAUGGUCCACUCUACCUUCCUGCUGUCCUUGCAGACUGAGGAAACAGCCCGGCUUGCCUUCUACCCUCCUCAUCCCAACUACAGUUGGCCUUUUGAUGACAUCAUUGUCUUUGCCUAUGCCUGCCAGGCUGCUGGGGUCUCGAUGCAUGUGUGCAAUGACCAUCGUUACGGGUACAUGAAUGUGGUAGUGAAGCCCCACCAGAGCCUGGAGGAAGAGAAGACGAACUUUAUCCACCUCAUUUUGGAAGCACUAGUGGAUGGGCCCCCCAUGCUGGCCUCAGCUCAUGUAUCUCGGCCCCCAAAGAAGCUCAGCAAAAUGGGGUUUGAUGAAGUCUUUGUCAUCAGCCUGGCCCGCAGACCCCAGCGCCGGGCUCGAAUGCUGAGCUCUCUCUGGGAGAUGGAGAUAUCUGCCCAGGUGGUAGAUGCUGUAGAUGGCAGGACACUCAACAGCAGUAUCCUCAAACAUCUCGGUGUGGACCUGCUCCCUGGCUACCAAGACCCCUAUUCAGGCCACACACUGACCAAGGGUGAGGUGGGCUGCUUCCUCAGCCACUACUCCAUCUGGGAAGAGGUGGUUGCCAGGGGCCUGGCCCGGGUCGUGGUGUUUGAGGAUGACGUACGCUUCAAGGACAACUUCCGGAGGCGGCUAGAACGGCUGAUGGAGGACGUGCUGAUUCAGAAGCUGUCAUGGGACUUGAUCUACCUUGGCCGGAAGCAGGUGAACCCUGAGGAGGAAGUGGCUGUGGAGGGGCUGCCUGGUCUCGUGGUGGCCGGGUAUUCCUACUGGACACUUGCGUACACCUUGAGCCUGGCAGGCGCUCGCAAACUGUUAGCAUCCCAGCCCCUGCAUCGCAUGCUACCUGUGGAUGAAUUCCUGCCUGUCAUGUUUGAUCGCCACCCAAAUGACCAGUACAAAGCAUACUUCUGGCCUCGGGACCUCCAAGCCUUCUCAGCUAGGCCUCUGCUUGCCUCCCCCACCCACUAUUCGGGAGACGCCGAGUGGCUCAGUGACACAGAGACAUCCUCCCCCUGGGACGAUGACAGUGGUCGCCUCAUUAGCCAGACUGGCUCUCAAAAGGCCCUUCGUGGCCCCCACCUGCACCUGACUGGCAGCAGUGGACACAGCCUCCAUCCUCACCACAGGGAUGAACUGUAGGUGAAGCUGGACCUAGAAGAGGACCAGUCCACGGCCCGGGCUUCCCUUCUCAGCUCUCUCCUCCUCCCUCCUCCUGCUUCUCUCCCAUCCCCAACCCACCUCUUGUCUACUUCUCUCUGAUUUCUCUAGCUUUGUCUCUGUCUUGUCUCUGUAUCUGCCUCUCUACCUGUCUGUCUCUCUCCAUAGCUGUUGACAUCUCUACAUCUGAUUUUCCUUUUCUUUCUCUUGCCCCCUUGACCGCUAGCCCAUGAGGUCCAAGUGGGAAUCCAAAUGAGCGAUGAGAGGGGAGAGGAAGAGGUGACAGCCAGCAGAAAUCUGACUGUUAUUUUGGGCUCAGCUAGUUUUCUGUCCUCUGGACUCAUUCCAAGGGAGGAGAAGCACUCAGAGACAGAGUCCACUCCUGAAGGUCUCAGAGUGAAGACACUAAGACCCCCAAGACUUUUUUUUUUUUUUUUUUUUUGUGACAGGGUUUUUCUGUGUAGCCCUGGCUGUCCUGGAACUCACUUUGUACACCAGGCUGGACUUGAACUCAGAAAUCCGCCUGCCUCUGCCUCCCAAGUGCUGGGAUUAAAGGCGUGCACCACCACUGCCUGGCUACCCCAAGACUCUUGACUCUGCUUGCAAAUUUAGAGCCAGUGGGCUCAGGGACAGGGAGGCCUCAGCCUUUGGGGUUUCAAGCUGGCUGGAGCCCAGAGUCCUGCCCUCUGAGGACCCAACUACUUUGCCUCCAUCUACCUCCGCCUUGGUGAUUCCCUCCCUGCCUCACAUCUGGGGCCCAUUAGCACCCUCUUUCCUGGUUGGUGGAAAGUGCAAGAAGAUGGGAGGCAUACCUGGUGCUCAACACGCAGUAGGCCUUCAAUAAAAGCCACUUGCAUUAGCAUUUUA